AUGGUCAAAGCCGAUCCCACGCGAAAUUACUAUGCCGACCUUAAGAUCUCGGCCAACGCAGGCGAGAACGAGAUCCGCAAAGCCUUUCGCACGCUCGCGCUGCAGUACCACCCAGAUCGUAACCCGGGACGCGAGGUCGAGUUCGUCGUCAAAUUCCAAGAAAUCCAGGCUGCCCAUGAAGUGCUAUGCGACUCGGCACAACGAGCAAAGUACGAUGCUGAGCGGAGGAAAUACCGCAAUCUGAAUAUUCCUACCAACACGCCCAAUACACCGAGAACGAGACCCCCACCGCCUCCACGUAAUGCCUACACGACAACGACCCCCAGCGGCUCCUACUACCGCCCCCCUCCCCCAAAGCCAGCUCAGCAGCCGCAGCGUCCUCCACCGCCGCAACACCAUAACACUUUCAACAGUGGCGCCGACAGGUUCACCAGCAAGAACUUCCGCCCGCCGCCCACGGCACAGCGACCGGAUACGAGGGCCAAGGAUGCAGAGGCUCGAGCCAAUGUCUUCACGGCAUGGCAGAAGAUGAAGCAGCCCCGUGCCGAGGAACCGCGACAGUACAGUCCAGGCGCUCAAGGCAGUCCUCAGGGCAACCCUCAUAAUGCCCAGAACAACCCGAAUGGCACACCUUUUGGCCGCACCCAGAGCACGAGGGCACCUUCGUCAAGACAGGGAUUCAACCCAGCAACACCAGGCGCUGAUGAAGGCCAGGCACGGUCGUCGUAUAGGAACUAUGCCCGUCCUGCUCCAACGCCGCCCACCGCUACCCCUUCGCCUCGUCCAUCAUAUCCCACGAGAGACACAGACACCACCGAUGUGCCCUACUCGGAAGCGAACCGCGUGCGAACACCGUAUUAUUCCAACACGGGAGGAGAGCGGACCUCUAUGUUUGAGGGCCUGGGAAGGUCUGCCAGCGUUCGCAAUUCACCAACACAUCGACGAAGUUCUUCGCAAGAUUCCUCAGGUGCUCACUCUGACUCCGGCCGAAGGCAGCAGCGGAGUUCGUACAGCGGGAAGUCUACCAAACAGUUCCCUCAGAUGUACCCUGACUCGAGCGAUGAAGAGUCCGAGCCGGAAGUCUUCCAUGUAGGCAACAAGCACCGAGGGCCUCCUCUGCCGCAAAAAACUACACAUCCACCACCAGCACCAUCGUGGAGCCAGGAACAGUUCAAAACUCCUCAGCAGAGUCAGCAGAGCAAACACGCAACAGGAAAUUUGCCGAAUAGUUUCAAGAGUAGAAGUGAGGAGAGUAUCAACAUCAAAUUCUCACCUUCGGACUGGCAUGGCAAGUUCGAAGGCAGCGCUGACUAUUUUGCACCUAACAUGCAAAAGACGUCUAAUAGUAGAGGUAGAACCUCGCCGACUCGGGGUCGACCAUCUCAGCGGACUGCUUCGGAGCGAAAUCCAUUCCUCAAUCAGCCUCAAGUACCGCCUCCGGUUUCGCCUUUUACGCAACCGCUGUCGCAAGCACAGUCCUAUCCCAUACCUCCACCUCCUCCUGGGCCUCCACCUAAUGUGAAAUUCCCGCCCCCUCCCAGUGCUGGGGCUCAAGCCGCAAAGUUUAGCCAACAAGCUUGGAAAGAUACUUUUAAGGAUCCUAAUUGGGUUUAUACGGAUUCUAAAGAGACUUCUCCUCGUCGUGCACCAGAAGCCACUAAGCGACCCAAAGCUGCCCGUAAGCCUUCUGUGCCCCAGAAUGGGGCCCCGAGGACACAAGAUAAGCCUGAUACAUCGCGGCCAAAGUACCAGGCCUUUGCGCAGGAGGCGGCGAAUGGCGACGGUGAUGCGAUGGACAUUGACUCGAGCACACCCCCUAUCCCUAAACCCAUGAAAGGAGGAAUACGUACAGCGCCUGCAUCGCCCAAGAUCAACACGGCAGCCGGCAUAGGUACAGUGCCAAAUGGCUCUGCUACCGCACCUUCGUCUGCUACAAGUGCGAGACCUCCGGUUCUAGGCCUGAACGGUCUCUCGGGCAUUGCAAACGUGGAACCAUUUCAAGCGCCACAAAACGGCGGUAUUGGGUUAGAUGAACUCAAGGACACUCUUCCGUUCCCUUCACAAUCUGCCAGCUCCCAUCCCACGAAGCCCAACACUGCUCAGAAGUUGAAGUACCCUGAGAUGCCAACAGCGCCUCCUCUACCAGCCAAAUUGGAUCAGAGCUCAGCCGACCAGUAUUUCCAUCGUAUGGAAUCGUAUAUCAAAGCAUACAAGAACUACUGCAAAGCACUCACUGCCCAUUUCGUUGCAAGAAACACCGAGCUUGAACAGCUUGAUGAUCACUUUAUCCACCAUCGUGGCGAGACGACCAAGAAGCUCGGUUUCGCUAGUUACCUGGCCAAGAUGAGGGAAGACGAAGAGGUUAUGGAGACGUGGAAGCUGGCGCAGGAGAGGCAUAUCAAUGCGCUUCAACAAUGCGAAGAAGUCCGCCACAAGACUAUCAAGCUGUACCAGACUCUUCAGCUCUAA